AUGGGGGUGGAGGUGGAUGCAGGUUACGGACGGCUGCGGGGUGUGAUCUUGAACAGUGGAGACCCGACGCUCGCCUUUGUAGACUCACCGGAGCUGCGCGUGUACCUCGGCGCGGACGAGCGCGACUAUCUCGUCUUCCGCAUGAAGUACCUCGGCCGAUGCGACCUGGCCAUGGUAUCGCUCGAGCGAUCUCCGUCCGAGCCAACAGCUUGGCCAGAUGCUGACCCGCGAGUGAUGAACGAGCCUAUUCGCAUCCCUUUCAAGCUGCACUCGAACGCUUUGGAGCAGGACGAUCUGUACUUCAUCCCCAUCUGGAAGCAUGUCACGGGGGUCAUCCGCCGCGUAAGGUUCCACCCCUGUGUCUCGCGCUACACCGUCACUGGCCAAAGCUUUUCGCUCGACUGGGUAGCAUUCACCAAGGCGCCAGUCGUCACGAAGGUCCGCGGGUGCAUCGACAAAUACUUCGGCGAUGAUGACGUCCCCAGAAGUAGCAACGACGACACAGUAGCCCACCUCAACUGCUCGGAGACGGAGCGAUGGACCAACGGCUUCCACCACUCCUCGGCAGCAGUGUGCGCUCCAAUGAAGCUCCCUCGGGCGUCUACGUACAACUGCGUGCGUGAAGGCGGCGAGCUGAUCUCCAUCAACGGGAAACACUUCGGCAAAGCAGACGCGAUCGUCACCAUCGACGGGGUCGAGUGUUUGGAUGUCGUUCACGUUGUGCCAGAAGAGGAGUUGCAGUGCCAAUUACCCCCAGCAGCGACCGAGUGGCUUGCAAACCCAACGUACCCGUCAAUUGUCCGCGUUUACAACGGACGAUUGCUUGAGCUAUUUGAUGAAGUUCCCUUGCUGUCAUACGCCGCUCCAGUAAGUGCACCACCAACUCCGAUAAUCUCCAACUUGGCUGCCCACGCCCUCGAUGUACACUGGAAGGCGCCCGAUGAUGUGUGGGCGAGUAUGACAGUCACAGGCUACCGUGUGGCUUGGAAGCAGUGUACGGAUGAAAGCUUUUCACCAGACCAGGCUGUCGUGGUAGGAAACGUGACCUCCACGACACUGAUAGAACUGGAAAGCUCGACGAGCUACCACGUGAAGGUGACACCUCUAACGGAGAACCAGGGGCGAUGGUCGAGCGAGUGGAAGAGCAUCGACUUGUAUGGGCGUCGUCCCGUCCUCCCGAAUGCUGUGCUUGGUAUCAAUUCUCCGGUAUCCUCGUGUGUGAAAACGUUAGCCCAAGAUUUUGUGUUCCCACAGUUCAGCGCGCGUCUGCUGACAAAUCUCAGCUCCUUACCAAGUGCCGUAGCACUUCGUACAACGCCCACGCUUGGACCAACCGGUGAAGUCGGUGACCAGGGCCACUUCGGCCUCUACAUGAACGGCGACACACAUGUGGAAAACUGCAACGCCUCCGUCUCUUGUUGCGAUGGUUUUGACGUGACAGCCCCAAGCGGAUCCACCGCUGCCGUGGCAGGGUGCUCGUACAUGUGUCUUGAGAGUGAAAACCGCGGGGCCACGUACGUCAACGGGUCGACCCAUCGCUCGAUUUCAACGAACGCUAUGACGGCAGUCCCUUUCCCAGCGAAGCAAGUGUAUCUCUUCAACUCAUCCUCGCCCAGCAAACCAGUAGACGCCGCACCAAUAACGGCAGCAUGUGGCACAGCUCUGCGACUGACAGCAUCGCAGUCCUUCCUCACGGGGGCAGCAUGGUAUCCGCGGCAAAUGAACGUCCGAGAGGGAUUCAGCACCACCUUUUCGUUCCGAGCAGCCAAUCCAUCAACUGUAUGUCGCGUCAUGGACAACGUCCACACGAACUGCCGAUCCCGAGGAGGUGACGGCUUUGCCUUCGUUGUGCAUAAUGACGUCCAGCAGGAGCUCGCACUGGGCUCUGGGGGCAUGGCACUCGGCUACGGAGGUCUUCAAAACGCACUAGCGGUGGAGUUCGACACGUGGUUCAAUCCAGAGUUGUUGGACGUCUACGAGAACCACAUCAGCGUACACGUCAGCGGAAAUGGUGGAGUUGUGCAGCCCAAUCACACUUACUCGCUCGGCUCCACCAGCAACCUCCCCGAUCUGACAGAGGACACCCACAUGGUCCGCAUCGUGUACAAACCCAACCUUGAUGAAAGCAUGAUCUUCGACGAAGCUUUCACUGCUAGCACGCUUGCAGGCAACUUCUUCUCAUCGGGUGCCUGGCGAUCAGGCAUCGGGCUCCUCGCGAUUUAUCUGGACGACAUGAACAGUCCGGCGCUGACUGUACCGUUGCGAAUCGAGAACACACUUGAGCUUUACCACGGUCGUGCCUGGGUAGGCUUCACGGGCGCGACGGGGGCGAACGCCUGGCAAACACUCGACAUUCUGUCAUGGGAUUUUCACUCAUUGCGUCGCAAUAUCGUCUCCACGCCUCAGCUGCAGGUGACCUAG